UUUUAGUUUAUUUUAGAUCUUUAAACGGACAACAUAAUAAUGUUUUCAAAUAAAAGUAUAAACCUAUUCGUGAUAUUGCUGCUAGCUCAAUUGGCCUUUGGCAAACCCGCAGACGAAAAUGUUUCCACGGUAUAUGACCCGGACGAAGAGGAGUACCGAAAAGAUCCCUCGCCUAAAACACAAUUUGUGGUCUACACCUACGACAACAUCAUGGCCUUAGCAAAACCCUAUGCCGCCGAUGCUGUUCAGUUGAGCCUUAACAUACUUAAGGAUGAGUCAUUUAAGGCCAAUGAGAAACCUGAAGUUAUGGAGUUUAGAAAGACAUUGCAAAUGUUUGUGAACAAAUAUGAAUUGACUAGAAAUAUGCAGAAAGUUUGGGAUUUCAUAGAUGUUUAUGAUAACGCUAUUGAUCAUUAUUACGAACUACCCGAUGAGAAGAGAACAACGGAAACCCAAUUUAUCCUGGACAUUUUAAACAAAUACGAAGCUAAAAACUUAGAACAGACAUUUGUUAAACAGCUGGAUGUAUUUAUAGAGAAAUUUAUGAAAAAGUUUAAUGAUACUAAAGAACACUUGGAUAGCGACAUGUUGGUGUGGUAUGAAAACUUUAAAACUUUAAAAGAUUUUAAGGAAAGAUAUAGGGCUUUAAUUGCUUUCAUUCUACUGGGUUUAAUUUAAGUGUUUUAAUAUAAAAAUUUAUAUUUAUAUAAAAAAUAAAGUAAAAUUAUAAAUAUUA